CAACGGCUUAAUUACAAGGAAGGAUGCCCCCACCGGAGGCAAAGUGGUGGCUUGGAACAUGUGCCGUACUUGGACAGCCUCCCGCGCCUUGUUCCUGACUCAAGCAUCAAGGUUUUGGACCAACGUCAACAACGACGACGACAUCAUCACCAUCACCACUACCACCUUAAUGUCAGCCUUGCGAAUCAACAUUCAGCAGCGAACAUAUCAACAUACAGGGCCUUUCACCCGCAGAUUCAUAGCAGGAACGGGCCCAAGCCUCUCCAGAACAUGGGAACACCAUCUGUCUCUACUUUGUAGUGGCUCUCGAGAGCCUAUUGGAGACACCCUCCAUCGCUGUCCUACUACUGUACGUUGUAGCUUGUCAUUAUUUCGCCAGCUGCCAACGCUCAGCGCUAUGUAUGGUACUAGCCGUCCCGAUGCCUCAUGCAGUGCAGGUGGGGAGUGGUGCGAAGUCUGAGGGACUUCUGGAGUGAUGUUAAUUUUAGGAUGCCGCUAAGUCGCCCCAGAGUCAAACUCAUCAACAUCUCAUUUCCCAUCUCAUGCACGGCUGACAACCUGUUGUCACCAACCUCGGCCAUCGCGUUACAUGCUUGAUGUCGAGUCUGCAGUUCAAGGGACCUUCUCACUUUGCUCUAGUGUCGAUUGUGGCAUCCUCAAAGAGGAUGCAAAGUAACUUACUGCACUGACUUGUGUGGUCCCAUACUCCCUGUGGUAUUAGUCCACUGAAGCAACUGUCGAAAACAACAUGAUCACUUUUGCAUUGCAGUCCAUGAUUGGAGUUCAAGAAACAGCGCAACGACAUUACCGCUACUGAACCCGUGUUCCCCGCUGCGCUCCGAGGCACAGCCGAAGGAUAUCAGGAUGGAAGUUGGCUUCACACUCAGCCCACCUCGGAGUUGCAGCCUGAAUACGCAUCUUCAUUGUAUUUGGGUGUAUUUGAUGAAUACAUAUCAUUCCCUCAAAGCCAUUGCACAUCGUGCCUGCUCACGCGCUCCAAUUCAGCAGCCUCAUACAACUAGUUAUCUGAGCCCUGCCUGUCGCUAUCGUCAGAUCUGGCCGGGGCCUUUCAUAGAUCCGCGAUUUCUUGACACUCGUUCGUCAUGGGCUUGGUUUGUGUUUGAUGGGCACCACCUGUCAACAUGCACAAGGCUGUCACAGACCCUGACCCGGUACUGCCAUCCACGAUGUGCGAUCAUGGGCCCAGAGGUGCUGUGCCUAGUUGUCGCCGCAAGCUAACCCACGAAACUCUUGACGAUGUCUUGAGCCAUCCUCGCAGCCCUACCGUUCAAGAUUGAUCUGGGCUCAGGGCUUAAAAUCGUAUCCUGGCACAAUCUCGGGAUUUAUGAACCAGACUGCAAACACCUAUGUAACUUACAAACCGAGGGCUAUGGUAGCAGACAUACUGGGCUAUUUUCGAAGAUCCCUAAUGAGCAAGAACACCAUUACACGCCACAGAAUAGUUGAGUCACCCCUAUCUUCCACAAUCCCCAUCUCGGAAUCGUAUACGACCAGACCAACGAUAGCUAUUAUACAAUGUCGCGCGCACCAACGACUUUAUCUGACGAGUCUUUGCACCUUCAAUCUCUUUACUGGAGUUACGUCCUUCGUUGGUUCCUACCGACCCAUGUCUGGAAUGUCGGUCAGGGAUGUGAGCCCACACUCAACUCGAGCGACUACCAGCCGUUGUGGGACACUGGGACUGCGUGUCCGGCUGGACCAGGGUCCGCCAUUUCCAGGCACAGCCAAGAUGCAAAGAAGGGGUGCGCCCGUCAUCCCCGGACAGGGGUGCUUCAUACAGCACAUGUAUUCAAAAAGACUAAUUGAGACGACAUCACCGGCAAGGAGUUCCGCUUCCACGGUGGUUCGUGGGAGAACUUUGCGCGUAAAGACCUACAGAUAGCCUCCUGGAGCUCUGUAACCGAAUUGAAAUUUCAAUGUGUAGCCGAGCUCGACCCAAGCUACCAGGGAGGCUCUCUUCCUAUUCACCAACUCAACUGCCGGUGUUGUUGACGGAUCCACCUGGGCAUUGAAGGAAAAUAGCCCAUACUUCUGAUUGAGAUCCAUUCGUGAAUAUAUGGAGCAUGAUCAAUUUACCUCAGAUUAGUUACCUUCAUAUCAGAUUAAUGCUGUUUCCAUGUGCAGUCACACAACUACUUCACAAAACCUCUCAUAUAAGCCGCUCAGCAGCAGCGUGAAAGAUGAAUACAGAUAUAUACUAUUAGUUCAUGACAGAGAUAGAAGGAGACCGACACCUACUUCAGACUCAUUGACAACGUCAUAGGUACCUUCAGGAGCUUUUUGUUACCUCAUAUUCCCAAGACAGAAAGCAUUCAUUCGAUAAAACAAACAGAGUCAACUUGGACCAAAUGCUGAUGGGCGAUGGCAGAAAUCCGAUGUCGAGGCAUACCUAUCAGGGUCACCAAGAAGCUUAUAGUAAUCAAGGCAUAGGAUAUCUCCUUGACACUUGGAGUAUCUUUGAUUGAACGCCGUCAAGGACAUAGACAGUUAUUGUCCCUCACAUCAAUGAAUCAAAGGACAAUUGAUAAGAGCCAGGGGUCCUAUAGCGAGUCGAAAAACCUGGCCACGCUGACAUGAAGACUCCACCAGUAUGAAGAGGCAGCUUGGGAAGCACAGGAACCUUUGGAGGAGUCAGUAAAAUCGACUCAUACCACUCUGCAGAUUCGCAUGCAUUGACGAUUCGUUCGUUCCACCCAGCCACUGCUAUUAACUGAGAGAAGCCUGGAAUCAUAUGAAGCCCGAUUACAAUCCCACAAUAGUUCCGAUGGUAUCCCUUUAAGCACAAUCAUGAUGAUCCAGAACCGCAAGCAUUGUGCGGCCCGCCGACUCGAGUUGGAGAAGCUCAUUCGUACCGAUGGCAAACGAGAAUCUGCAUACAUAUACAUGCUAGCACAUGGCAGGGAUUAGAGGCCCUGUCAACACCUGCUUUGAAUAGUAGCCCCCUGUCAUUUCUGAAUAUCCCGUGAGAUCCCUGACAUGCUGCCUGUUUCCCCACGCGGCUGAUAUCUUAUACUAGAGACGCAAAGCUAAUCUUCAAAUGCAUCGUGGUUGAGACCAUUGCCUCUACCAAGAAAAUGCAUUCGGAGGAGGAAAAAUAUCCGCCAUCUCCUCGAAAAUGUUGAGACAUGCCAUUUAUUAGUCUCGAAAACAACUAGCACAAGAUACGGCUCAUUGGCCGGCUAGAGUCGUUCGAAGCCACGCAAUGUGAUAAGAUGGGGAAAGGGGUACAAUAACUUGCAUUUUCAGCGACCAUUCGCGGUAGGCCGGCCUUUGUCACAGUCUAAAAUCAUCUCCGAAGGUGGGGAGAUCUAGACGUAUCUUUAUCCCCGCCACAAUCAAGCCAGAGAUCGGCGGUUGGGCGUCGCUCCCCUUGGGACGUGGCUGCUGAGUUGCUAUUCUUGGGACGAGUGGACAGUAAAACAUUUGAUAAUUUGACACCGAAUGGCUUGUCUUGUGCCAGCC